AUGGCUCUAUUUCCAGGAGCCGUCGCGUUUGACGAAUAUGGUCGUCCAUUUAUUAUUUUGAGGGAUCAGGAAAAACAAAAAAGGCUAACCGGUAUCGAUGCAUUGAAAUCGCACAUAUCUGCUGCUCGUCAAAUCGCGAGCAUUCUCCGUACGUCACUCGGUCCACGGGGUUUGGACAAAAUGAUGGUGACAUCAGAUGGAGAGGUGACAGUGACAAAUGAUGGAGCCACAAUCCUGAAGAUGAUGGAUGUAGAACAUCAGAUUGGAAAGUUAAUGGUGCAGUUGGCUCAGAGUCAGGAUGAUGAGAUUGGUGAUGGGACUACUGGUGUUGUUGUUUUGGCCGGUGCCCUACUGGAGCAGGCCUCUAACCUCCUAGACAAAGGCAUCCAUCCAAUCCGUAUUGCUGAUGGCUUUGAAAUGGCUGCAGCAAGUGCCUUAGAACAUCUUGACUCCAUCAGUGAGGCCUUCCCUGUUAAUAAAGAUACUAGAGAGCAUCUCAUUAAAGUUGCAAUGACAACAUUGGGAAGCAAGGUGGUUGUUAAGUGCCAUAGGCUUAUGGCUGAGAUUGCUGUUGAUGCAGUGCUAUCGGUGGCAGAUCUGGAAAAGCGUGACGUAAACUUCGAGCUCAUCAAAGUGGAAGGCAAAGUUGGCGGGCGCAUGGAAGACUCCAUGUUGGUGCGAGGCGUAGUCGUUGACAAGACUUUGAGUCACCCGCAGAUGCCCAAAGUGCUUAAGGAUGUUAAACUCGCCAUCUUGACUUGCCCGUUCGAGCCCCCAAAGCCAAAGACCAAGCAUAAGCUUCAUGUUGGCUCUACCGAGGAGUACCGCGAGCUGAGGCAGUACGAACAGGACAAGUUCUUGGAGAUGGUGAAACGUGUUAAGGAUACUGGAGCUACUCUGGCAAUCUGUCAAUGGGGCUUCGACGAUGAAGCGAACCAUCUUCUCUUGUCCGAAAACUUGCCCGCCGUGCGCUGGGUGGGGGGGCCGGAGAUGGAGCUUAUCGCCAUUGCGACUGGCGGCAGAAUCGUACCGCGGUUCGAGGAGUUGACUCCAGAAAAGCUGGGCUCGUGUGGACUCGUCAGGGAACUCACGUUCGGCACUUCAAAAGAAGAAAUGCUUGUAAUAGAACAGUGCAGCAACUCGCGCGCCGUUACAGUGCUCGUGCGGGGAGGCAAUCGCAUGAUCGUGGACGAGGCCAAGCGUUCUGUGCACGACGCACUCUGCAUCGUCCGGAGUCUAGUCCAGGACUCGCGUGUGGUGUACGGCGGCGGCGCGGCCGAGGUGUCGUGCGCGCUGGCCGUGGCACGUUCGGCGGCCAAGGUGGCCUCCCUCGACCAGUACGCCUUCGGGGCCUUCGCCGACGCCUUGGAGGCAGUCCCGCUGGCGCUCGCCGAGAACAGCGGUCUGUCACCAAUCGACACCCUCUCAGACGUAAAAGCGCGCCAGGUAGCUGAUAAGAACCCCAACCUCGGCAUUGACUGCAUGGGCAAAGGUUCAAAUGAUAUGAAAGCUCUGAACGUGAUCGAGUCCCUUCACUCCAAGAGGCAACAGAUCGCGCUAGCCACACAACUCGUCAAGAUGAUCCUCAAGAUCGAUGAUGUGCGCUCACCGGCUGACUCUAUCGACUAAUGUUUGGGUUGUCAACUUCGACUAAAUAGUCGGUUUUGGUCGCCAACUUCACUAAAUAGUCGAUUUUGGUCACCAACCUGAGCUAAAUAGUCAGUUUUAGUCGCCAACUUCGACUAAAUAGUCGGUUUUGAUUGCCAACCCCGGCUAAAUAGUUCGUUUGGGUAGCCAACGUCGGCUAAAGUCUGUUAAUGUAGCCAGUUUCCACUAAAUAAUCUGUUUGGGUAAACAAGUGUACAGUUGGUGAUUGUCGACAUGGGACAUUCGCCAUCGACUAAUUAAACUAUUGUUAGACGCUAGCUGUAAAUUAAAGGGUGGUAAUAAAAGCUCCGAAAAUUAAAUUCAAAAUGAGCUUAUUCAAAUUAAUAAUUACUGCGUUAUUUACUAAGCUACCGAAAACUUUAAUGCCAAUAAACUCUUACCUUAUUUUUUUUAAUUAAUAAUUUAGCUUGGAUACAAGUCCUUUGAGCCAUGUCUUCGUUUAAUUAUAUUUCUGUAAAUAUGGCCGCCACAAAGAGGAUAGGCAAUUUGAGGUGGCGUGUUUUUCAAUUGACUCGGGAUUUCUUAGAAUGGGCCGAUACGGGUAUUUUAGUUCGAGAUUCGUAUAAUUUCGCGUUUUAAUCUUCGAUUAAGGUACGAUAGCACUAUCUUACUCCACUUUAAACUAGAUUUCACAUAAUAAUUGAAAGUCAAAAUAAAAACGACACUUCCAUCCAAAAGGCCCAGAGCGAAUCCACUCUACCUUCUUCGUCGAUUUUACCGAAAACUGUUGUUAUAGGAAGAUUAUUUACUCGCUGCGGACUCAGUGACGUACGCACGUUAUCGAUAUAAACAAAUGUUUAAAAAAAUAUAUUAAGUGACGGGACGAACAAGUCGUACGCCUGGUGGUAAGUGAUACGAUGUCCAUAACAGUUGCAGUGCCACUGCGCCCGUCACCCUGAGACAUUUAAGU